AUGGUGCGCUACAUACUGUCUCAAAGCAGUGUCUGUCAGAUCACUCAAGGAUAUAAAAACAGUCAGCGACUCAGCGCAGAUACAAAUCGUGGAUGUACGAACUUCUUGAAUACAAAUGUGAAACACGAUCGACAGAAUCAGCGUUUCACAGUCACUCUUGACUGCGGCGGAGCAGUGAGUGGUGCAGUACUGAAAUACACUGUCAGUCAUGAUCAGCAGGUGGAGUUGAUCUCUACAGAGGUUCCUGAAUCACACAGGGGUAAAGGUGUAGCAGCACACCUGGCAAAGGCUGCUCUGGAUUUUGUUGUUGAAGAAAAGUUGACAGCGAGGAUAUCCUGUUGGUACAUUAGAAAAUAUGUGGAUGAAAACCCACAUCUUGGAUACCAGGCUUAUAUUGAAAAUAAAUAAAAGAAGAAUUAAACAAUGCCUUAACAGAAGGUUUUACAUCUUACCUCCUUCACAGCCAGACUCCUUGCAGUCUUAUGACAGGAUGCACAUAGUAGUUGGAGACUACAAGUAUACCAGUUAAAA